ACGAGUAACACGUAUGUUUUGCUUUACAGAGUCGAAUUUGUGCGUAUUGUUUAAUAAAUACUCAAUAACGAAAAAUGUUUUCGCUUACUACAGUAAGUGUACCGAUAGUUAUUUAAGUCAAAUUUCGCGACGGCUCAUGUAUGAUAAUAUAAUUACACAGCCAAAUCAAAUUGUAAUUAAUCAAAGUAUUUUGAAUCAACUAGAAAGUGAAAAUUAAUCAUAAAGAAAAAUGGUAGUAGAGCUCCAAAUGAGCAUUGAGCAGUUUAAAACUCAACAAGUUAAUCAGCAUUAUUGAAGAAAUGUUUGAAGAAAUAUGUAACUAUUAUACAAUAAUCAAUUGUUAAUUGGUUUAGAAAUAGAAAUAUUAUGUUCAUAAUGGAAUCAUUGAAUAAAUUAAUUUGGACCAUGAAACAAUGUUAUAAAAUGAUAUUGACCAUUGUACGUGUUUUACAAACAAAACAUCGAAACUAUUACGUGAGCGACAAUAACCCUAUCCAAUGUCGUUGUCACACUAACUUUGAAGUACUUAUAAAUGAAAUGAAAAAAGAAAACGAAAAAAUAUUAGAUCAAUUGUUGGAAAACAGAGAAAUGAUUGAUAAAAUAUUGGAUAUAACAAAAAAUUAUAGUGUUAAGCUUAAGCUUACCUCUGAGUUAAUGAAUUCAAAAUUACCACCUCCUCCACCACCUCUUGACCAAGAUGCUCUUUCAUUCAUAACUAUAUCAAAAAAUAAUAUUAUAAAAAAUUCAUCAAAAAUGUCCCGAACCAUAAUCGAUUACGGAAGACCUGUGAUUACUGUAGCUGACUUACAAAAAGUCAAACUAAAAAAAAUUUCAAUUAAUAAGGAGGUCUAUAAAAAUCAGUCAAUAAAUGAAAUAUGCAAAUUUACUGAAAAUAUCAAUUUUAAUAAUAUUGAUUGAAACUCAAAUAUGUCUUAUAGUAAAACGGAAUUUCAUCAG